AUGUCAACCCUCACGAAUGGCGUCUCCCCCCAUCGCGCGGACAGCGACAAUGCCACCAAUGGCGCACAUGACGCUGCUGCGGCCCGACCCAGCAGCAGCAGCAACAGCAACAUUUAUGCAGCUUCGAGCGUUGCCGAGGUUCGCGCUGCCCUCGAAGCUCUCCACGCCCGCGAGUCAUUGAUAACGAACCGCCUUGAUGCACUCCUCGGCUCCCAGGCCGACCUCGCUCGCGAGCUGGGCCGCUUGGACUUGCUGCGCGCGGGGCUUGGCAGCCAGGUUAUUGCCGCGCGGUCCAUUGGCAACGACAUGCUUUCCACGGCGGCAGACACGGCAGGACGGCUGAGCAACAAGGUGAAAGAGCUGGACCUGGAAAAGAGCCGCGUCGAGGAUACACUUGAGGUCGUUAAGCAGGUUGCCGAGCUUAAGGCAUGCGUGCAGGGCGUCGUAGGCAGCAUGGGUGCCCCGCAGGACUGGGAAGCUGCUGCGGCGUACCUGGCACGAGCAGCAGAAGUGCCGGAAGACAUCAUCAAGGGCAAGUUUGCCUCCUCGAUCGUUCCGUCUCCCGAGGUUCCUGACCCACCAUGGACGACGCUGGAGACCGCCAAGGAGAGUCUCUGUGGCUUGUUCCUGAGGGAGUUCGAAAAGGCGACAAAGGAAGGGGAUGGUGCCAAGGUUACGCGGUUCUUCAAGCUCUUCCCGCUUAUUGGCAGAGGAGAUGUUGGACUGGAUGUCUAUGGACGGUACGUCUGCCAGGGUGUGGCUGGCACAGCUAGAUCCGUCUUGAAGGAGAGCCCUGGGGCUCAGGCGAGAAAGGAGGGCUUCUUCUACGCCAAUGCCCUUACCAGGCUGUUUGAUCACAUUGCGCGGAUUGUGGAAGGCCAUGGAGGUCUAGUAGAGCGGCACUACGGCUCUGGCAAGAUGGUCCGUGUUAUUGAGCGACUGCAACAGGAGGCAGACGUACAGGGAGGCAUUAUUCUCGACUCUUGGAGCGACGAGCGCGACGUUGAUAGGCGGCUGAAGGAUGUGAAGAGCUAUCCCUUCUCGUUUUUGGUACAGAGCUUCUUGCCCCAGCAGAGAAGCGGGACGCCAAGAGUCAAUUCGCCAGCCAUGGGCGCCGGAGCAGAUCAACGCGAUAGCGAGGAUGAGGGCGUCAACAUGAAGGAGGUAGAUGCCCUUCUUAGUGAGAUCGCGAUCAUGCUUGGACGAUGGUCUCUUUACUCCCGGUUCCUGGCGGGAAAGACUCAGGAUCCAUCAUCGCCCGAAAAUGCCCUGCUAUCCAUGCCGGAAGUCGUCGUAAAGUCCAACCUCAAGCGAAAGGUUUCAGACAAGCUCACAUCUCCGUAUAAUACCAUGAUGACAUUCUUCUUUCGACGAUCAGUUGAGAAGGCGUUCCAGCUGGACGAGACUCCAAGCGGUUUGUCUCUGAAUAUGAACAAGCACAUCGACACAAACCAGCCAUUCAUCAUCUCUGCGGUUGACGAUGUCAUGUACGUCGUCAAUGCUGUAAUCCAGAAGUCUAUAUCCACGUCGCAACGGGACGUUAUUACGUCUGUUGUUCCCACUAUUGGUCGGGUUCUCACCUCUGAUUUCAUCGGUAUGAUCCAGCGAAAGAUGCGCGAUGAGUCAUACCCCAAACCUAUCGUGCAAGGAGGGUUUCCGCCAGAAGACAAGAUCAUCCAAUUCAUUGUUCUGAUCAAUAGUCUCGACACGGCCAACGAGUAUCUCGGCCGAAUCAUUACGAGCAACGUAGGAAGCACGAACGACCCGCCAAAAGCCAAUAGUGAAGACCAUGAACCGUCACUUAGGGAUACAUUCCCCUUCGAUAAGGACGUCGCUUUUGUGACCUCUGCCCUCAGCACAUUGCACAGCUCUUUUACAGCCAAAUCAACUGAGCUACUUAACGAGGGACUUCAAGUGCUCUUCAAACAGGUCGUCCAGCCACGCCUCAGACCAGUGCUCGUCGAAACCUUCCGCGAUGUGGAUUACUCUCUCUCCGACGAGGAGCUAGCCGAAAUCGCCCAGCAGAACGACGAGGAUGAGGAAGAGAUGCUCGAACAGGUGUCACGGCGUUUCGAGCAUGGUUGGGACCAGCUCAUGAAACCCAUCUCGCGGAUUUUGACGACCAACACCUUCACAACCCUACACGACCUGACCGCGCGUUACCUCUCGCGUGUCCUCGAGCGCAGGGUAUGGGACGCCCGGGCUAACGCUUACGGUGUCAUUCGCAUGGAGCGCGACUUCUCCAGCAUAGUUAGCACGGUGUCAAAGGGCAACUACGGCGUCAGGGAGUUAUUUGCCAGGGUGUCGCAGAUCUUGAUGGUGGCGAACAUGGAAGCAGAGGAGUGGGAAGAGGUUUCGGCCCAGCCCGACGACGAGGAGGAUGGUAUGAUCUGGGUGCUGACCGAGGAAGAGCGACGGCGGGCGAGGCACUUGACAUCUAGAGAGCGUAGGGGGUGA